AUGAAGCUGCCGGAGACUGCUGUUUACGCUCCAGCGCAUCGAGAGUCGGAUAAUGGCAAUUACUCCCUUUGGUCCGGGAUCCUUGCCUUCUUCCCGAACCUGCGCACCCUCGAUUUCCGUGUCAAAGAGUCCAGCGGUGAUUCUCGGCCAAGCGAGGCCCCUCACUUCCUCGCCAGCCUAUCGACCAUCCUUCCGCCCACUCUCGAAAGUCUCCGUGUCCAUAUUUGGUCCUCAAGGGCUGUCCUUCCCGGGGGGCAAACGGGAAGAGUGGGAUUGAGCCGUCUUCCAAGCGCGGAUGAGCUCCAGGCAGAACUACUGAAAGGCGCGAGUAGGAGCAGGGAUGGGCUGCGACGGUCGAUUUGGCGUGGCUUGAGUAAUCCCUCACUUUUCGCUGGCGAGUCUGACACCCAGGGUGGCGGCCUCUACUGGGCGGAAACAAGCGGCGUGAAAUCAGCCGCGGACGGCCCGGAUGGCAAGCAGCAGGGCACAACCGAAAGGCGGGGACAAGUCGCUACGCGUGUUCAAGUUUUUCACGGUCUACUGCCCCCACCGACGGCGCUCCGCCUUCCGCAGACACCACCGGCCCGUUCGCCGACGCUGCAAUCGAUUCCCAUUCCACUCCUCUCCACCUGCCCCCAUGUCCUCUCCAGUCCCCGUCUUCGACGCAAAAGCGAUGCCCUUCCGCCGGUUGGGCCCCAGCGGUCUGCGCGUGCCGCUCUUCUCUCUCGGCGGCUGUCCGUCUUUGCGCAUUCCCCAUUGGCUUUAGCUGAGCUCUCGACAGGGCUCACCCUCGGAGGCUCCGUCGUCGGCGAGAGCGUCAAGGACAUCAUGCAGGCCGCCUUCGAGAAUGGGAUCAACAUGUUCGACACCGCGGAGGACUACCAGAAAGGUGCGGCUGAGCGCAAAUGUGCGGGACACGCUAUCAAAGAACUUGGCUGGCGCCGCACGGACCUCGUCAUCUCAACCAAGAUAUUCUGGAGCCACGAGCCAGGCACGGGCCCGAACGACACGGGGCUGUCGCACAAACACGUUAUCGAGGGCACGAAGGCUUGUUUGCGACGGCUCCAGAUGGACUAUGUCGACGUCAUCUUCGCGCAUCGUUGCGAUACCACCGUUCCGAUGGAGGAGAUCGUCCGCGCAUUUAACUAUGUUAUCGACCAGGGCUGGGCUUUCUACUGGGGCACCUCCGAGUGGAGCGCGCACCAGAUCGAGGAGGCGCAUCAUGUUGCCACGCGCUUAAACCUCAUCGCGCCGAUCGCGGAGCAGUGCAAGCACAACAUGUUCCACCGCGAACGUCCGGAGAAGGAAUACGCCCCUUUGUACGCCAAGUACGGCCUGGGCACAACCGCAUUCUCUGCACUGCAGGGCGGACUGCUGACGGGGAAGGUAUAUCCUCCUCAACCCUCUAACACACGGCACGCGCCCGCCACCGUGCCCAUGUUCCGGGGGGCGACGGAGGGUCCCCAGGGCGAAGAGCUGCUUUGGAAAGUGCGUCUCCUCAGCCAAAUUGCUGCGGGUGCGUCGUUUCUCCCCGACUUGCUGAACUCUGGGCGGAACCGCGCUGGCGCUCGCCUCGAGGCGAACCUCGGCGCGCUUGAGGUCCUGCCCAAGCUGGAUGCUGCGGUGUUGGCGCGGAUCGAGGCUGUGUUGGGUAACCACCCGCAGGAGCCGGAGACGUAUGGUCGCCCGCCGCUGGAUCAGGGCAUCCUUUGA